AUGCAUGCCAAAACCGACUCCGAGGUGACCAGCUUGGCGCCGUCGUCGCCGACCAGAUCUCCCCGCCGCCCGGCCUACUUCGUCCAGAGCCCCUCCCCCGACUCCCACGAUGGCGACAAGACCACGACGUCGUUUCACUCCACCCCGGUCGUCAGCCCCGUCGCCUCCCCGCCUCACUCCCACUCCUCCGUCGGCCACCACUCCCGGGAAUCCUCCUCCACCCGAUUCUCCGGCUCGCUCAAGCCCGGAUCUAGGAAGAUCUCUCCCAACGACGCCUCCGGAGGCCGCGGCGGGCACCUGAAGGGGAAUCAGAAGCAGUGGAAAGAAGUCGAUGUGAUUGAGGAAGAAGGGCUGCUCGAAGACGAAGAGCGGCGCAGGGGAAUCCCUCGCCGCUGCUAUGUCCUUGCUUUUGUUAUGGGGUUCUUCGUUCUCUUCUCUUUCUUCUCUCUGAUUCUCUGGGGAGCUAGCAGACCCCAGAAGCCCAAGAUCACAAUGAAGUGCAUUAAGUUCGAGCAUUUCAACAUCCAAGCCGGCUCCGACGCCUCUGGAGUAGCUACUGAUAUUAUCACAGUGAACUCCAUCGUCCGAAUGAUCUACCGCAACACCGGGACUUUCUUCGGCGUCCACGUGACCUCGACGCCUCUGGAUCUAUCCUACUCGCAACUCGCAAUUGCCACCGGAGCGGUGAAACGGUUUUAUUAG